GCAGGUCGAUGACCCCACUUGGGAAACACUAGGCUUGCUCAUAUAAGGAGCCCAGGUGCCGCCAGUGUGCUCAGCGAUGGCGUCUGCUCGGUGGCCCUGCCUCAUCUUGGCUCUGCUCUCCGGUGUGGCGGUCUCUGGCUUCCCUAGAAGAUUAUGCCGGCUACUCGGGAAACGGAGCCUCCCGGAAGCGGUGGUCGAUGGCAUCGAAGUCUACGGCACCAAGGUCCACUGCAAGGUGACCUCCCGCUUCGCUCACAAUGUCGUCACCACCAGGGCUGUCAACCACGCAGACACUGCCAAGGAGGUUUCUUUCAAUGUGGAGCUGCCCAAGACAGCCUUCAUCACCAACUUCACCUUGACCAUUGAUGGUGUUACCUACCCUGGGAAUGUCAAAGAGAAGGAAGUUGCCAAGAAGCAGUAUGAAAAGGCCGUGUCCCAGGGCAAGACAGCUGGCUUGGUCAAGGCCUCUGGGAGGAAGCUGGAGAAAUUCACCGUCUCAGUCAAUGUGGCUGCAGGCAGCAAGGUCACCUUUGAGCUAACCUACGAGGAGCUGCUGAAGAGGCACAAGGGCAAGUACGAGAUGUACCUCAAGGUCCAGCCCAAGCAACUGGUCAAGCACUUUGAGAUCACAGCAGACAUCUUCGAGCCCCAGGGCAUCAGUACGCUGGAUGCUGAAGCCUCGUUCAUCACCAAUGACCUCUUGAGCAGCGCUCUCACCAAGUCCUUCUCAGGGAAAAAGGGCCACGUGUCCUUCAAGCCCAGCUUGGAUCAACAACGUUCAUGCCCAACCUGUACGGACUCCCUCCUCAAAGGAGAUUUUAUCAUCACCUAUGACGUGAACAGAGAGUCUCCAGCCAAUGUGCAGAUCGUCAAUGGCUACUUCGUGCACUUCUUUGCACCUCAAGGCCUUCCGGUGGUGCCCAAGAACGUGGUCUUCGUGAUUGACGUCAGUGGCUCCAUGCACGGUCGGAAAAUGGAGCAGACAAAGGAUGCCCUCCUCAAAAUUCUGGAGGAUGUGAAAGAGGAUGACUACCUGAAUUUCAUCCUGUUCAGUGGAGGUGUGACCACUUGGAAAGACACUUUAGUUCAAGCCACUCCUGAGAACAUCCAGGAGGCCCGGAAAUUUGUGAUGAAUAUUCGUGACCAAGGAAUGACCAACAUCAACGACGCGCUGCUGAAGGGCAUCAGUAUGCUGAACAAGGCCCGGGAGGAGUACAGAGUCCUGGAGAGGAGCACCUCCAUCGUCAUCAUGUUGACCGACGGGGACGCCAAUGUGGGUGAAAGCAGACCUGAAAAAAUCCAAGAGAAUGUGCGGAAUGCCAUUGGUGGCAAGUUCCCCUUAUAUAACCUGGGCUUUGGCAACAAUCUGAAUUAUAACUUCCUGGAGCGUAUGGCCCUGGAGAACCACGGGCUUGCCCGCCGCAUUUAUGAGGAUUCCGAUGCCAACGUGCAGUUGCAGGGCUUCUAUGAGGAGGUGGCCAACCCGCUGCUGACAGAUGUGGAGAUGGAGUACCCUGAGAACGCCAUCCUGGACCUCACCCAGAACAGUUACCAGCACUUCUACGACGGCUCUGAGAUUGUGGUGGCUGGGCGCCUGGCAGAUGAGGACAUGAACAGCUUUAAGGCGGACGUGAAGGGCCACGGGGCCAUCAACGACCUGACAUUCACUGAGGAGCUGGACAUGAAGGAGAUGGAGAAGGCCCUGAAGGAGCGGGACUACAUUUUUGGGAACUACAUUGAGCGGCUCUGGGCCUACCUCACUAUCGAGCAGCUGCUGGAGAAAUGCAAGAAUGCCCAUGGCGAGGAGAAGGAGAACCUCACAGCCCAGGCCUUGGACCUGUCCCUCAAGUACCACUUCGUGACUCCACUGACCUCCAUGGUGGUGACCAAGCCUGAGGACAACGAGAACAAGACAGCCAUUGCCGACAAGCCUGGGGAAGGGCCUGUGGAUGCAGAAGUGAUCCCCUCCAUGGCUUACCUGACCAACUCCCAGCCUCCCCAGACAACCUACUACGUGGAUGGGGACCCCCACUUCAUCAUCCAAGUUCCAGAGAAGGACGAUGCCAUCUGCUUCAACAUCGACAAAGACCCAGGCACAGUGCUGCGCCUCAUUCAGGACCCUGUCACAGGCCUCACAGUUAACGGGCAGAUCAUUGGUGAGAAGAGAAGCAGCCUGGACUCCCAGACCAGAAAGACUUACUUUGGCAAGCUGGGCAUUGCCAAUGCUCAGAUGGACUUCCAGAUUGAGGUGACACCGGAGAGGAUCACCCUGUGGCAUGGGGCUGCACAGAGCACGUUCAGCUGGCUGGACACGGUCACGGUCACACAGGAUGGACUGUCUGUGACGAUCGACAGGAAGAACAUGGUGGUCUCCUUUGGAGAUGGGGUUACUUUUGUGGUUGUCUUGCAUCAGGUGUGGAAGAAACAGCCCAUCCACCAUGACUUCCUGGGCUUCUAUGUGGUGGACAGUCAUCGGAUGUCAGCACAGACACAUGGGCUGCUGGGACAAUUCUUCCACCCCUUUGACUUUAAAGUGUCUGACGUCCACCCAGGCUCUGACCCCACAAAGCCAGAUGCCACAAUGGUGGUGAAGAACCAUCGGCUGACAGUUACCCGGGGCUCCCAGAAGGACUACAGGAAGGACAUCAGCAUUGGCACAAAAGUUGCCUGCUGGUUCGUCCACAACAAUGGGCAAGGGCUGAUUGACGGCGUCCACAGCGACUACAUUGUCCCCAGCCUGUUCUGA